AUGGCCGAAAAGUCAGAUUUUGCUCCCAAGACACCAAAAAGUAGUUACAAACAAUUAGAUGAAUUAGCACAGAAAAAUCAGACAGCGAUUUUUAGUCAAUUUGAACAACACCCAGAGGGAUUUCUUGCUUCUUUAACACUGGGAGAGGAGGUGUUCACUGGAAUUGGAAGCAAUAAAACGGCAGCAAAAGAUAAAGCAGCGGAGGCUGCAUUAGAAAUAUGGAGUACGAAAAUAACUCCAGAGAAAAAGAUAGAAAAGACACCUGUUACGAUACUAAAUGAAUUUUGUCAGCAUAAUAGGAAGAUAAAACACAAAUAUGAGGAGCUUGACAAGGAUGCUGAUGAAUUCGUCUCCAGAGUUUUGAUAAUGCUUGAAAAUGAAGAAGGAGAAGUGGAAAAAGAGGAGGAACACAAAGGAAGAGGCAGAUCUAAGAAAGAUGCUAAACAAAACUCUGCCUCUACAGCUUUACAGAGAAGUUAUAUACUACAUUCCUUCACAGGAGUUGUGCCAAAUGUCAACAAUGAAUCUUGUAUUUCGACAGUCGGACGAUUGUAUGAGUGUAAACCUGGACAGACUGGUUAUGUCCUAAUUGUGUAUUUCAGCAGAGACAGAGACUGGGCUGAUAUAGACGUAAGAAACAUUAAACGUUUCAUGAAAGACACGUUACGAUUUCAAUUUGACGUGUUGAAAGAUCCAACAAAAGAAGAGUUGAUGAGUGUACUGGAAGCCACUUACAGACAUCUAAACGAGCACUCAAAAGCCUAUUAUUGUUUUAUUUUUUUCCUCAUGGGCCACGGAAGUCAGUUUGGUGUACGAACAGCAGACAAGGGAAAAAAGAAAAUGACAAUCAGCAUUGAAGAAAUUUUGGAGUACUUUAAAAAUGACAAAGUACCGAAUUUUACAGGAAAGCCUAAAAUGUUUUACCUGCAGUGUUGUCGAGGAGAGUCACAUCAGGAGACGUUGGUACAGCCCGACACUGAUGAAGAGGAUAGUGAUAGAAUUAGGGUACCGACUGAUGGGGACAUCCUUAUAGCACACGCAACAACUGAAGGUUAUAAAGCUUAUCGAUAUAAAGACUUUGGAUCUAUUUUCAUCUUUAAUUGCAUGAAGACCUUUGAAACAAACUAUACAUCCAUGCAUCUGGAAGAUAUGAUGAUAGAUGUAAAGGCCAUUAUUGCUCUGGAUCCAAGAUGGCGCCGAAAAAAAGAACACGCUCAGAUGCCGUGUACAUGGAGCACAUUAACAAAACGAUUUUACUUCAUACCUACUGAUCGUUGAAAUACAAUGAUAUGUUAAAUCAUUGUAUUGCUUAAGAAUUUCAAAUACUGGUUCUUGUCUUCGAACUUUUUUAUUUAUUCUGGAGAUUUU